GCGGGCGCGGCGCGAUGGGGCCGGGCGCGCGGCGGGGCGCGCUGCGGGCCGGGGCGGCGGCGCUGCUGGCCGGGGCCAGCUGCCUGUGCUACGGCCGCUCGCUGCGGGGCGAGUUCGUGCACGACGACGUCUGGGCCAUCGUCAACAACCCCGACGUGCGGCCGGGCGGCGCGGCCCGCGGCAGCCUCUUCGCCAACGACUUCUGGGGCCGGGGCAUGGCCGACAGCGGCAGCCACAAGUCCUACCGGCCGCUGUGCGUGCUCACCUUCCGGCUGAACGUGUACCUGACGGGCAUGGACCCGUUCUACUUCCACGCCGUGAACGUGGUGCUGCACUGGCUGGCCAGCGUGGUGCUCAUGCACGCCUGUGACACGGCUGUCUUCAGGGACCCCGCGCGCGCCUUCCUCACCGCCCUGCUCUUCAACGUCCACCCCGUGCACACGGAGGCCGUGGCGGGGAUCGUCGGCCGGGCGGACGUGCUGGCCUGCCUGCUCUUCCUGCUCGCCUUCCUCGCCUACCACAGGGGUGUGGCCGGCGCGUCCCCCGGCUGCCUGCUGCUCAGCCUGUGGCUGGGCACCUGCGCCAUGCUGGUGAAGGAGACGGGCGUCACCGUGUUCGGCGUCUGCCUGCUGCACGACCUCUUCUCGCUGGCCCACAAGCACCAGGAGUCAGCCCUGGAGGGCGGCACUCGGCACCCCCUGCUCACCCUGAGACCGUUCCUCAAGAGGGCUGCACUGGUCGUGACCUACGUGACCGUCCUCCUGGGCCUGCGGCUGUGGAUCAUGGGCGGCUCCCUGCCGCUCUUCUCCGAGCAGGACAACCCUGCGUCCUUCUCGCCUUACCUCCUCACCAGGUUCCUCACCUACUGCUACCUCCUGGCCUUCAACGCGUGGCUGCUGCUGGCGCCUGUCACGCUGUGCUACGACUGGCAGGUGGGCAGCAUCCCGCUGGUGGAGAGCCUGUGGGACGUCCGCAACCUGGCCAGCUUGCUGCUGGCCGUCGCCCUGGGCGCGCUCGGCCUACACUGCCUGCUGGCCCUCAAGAGGCCGGAGCACAGGGAGCCGCUGCUGGGCCUCCUCUUCCUCGUCCUGCCCUUCCUCCCGGCCAGCAACCUCUUCUUCAGGGUGGGCUUCGUGGUGGCCGAGCGGGUCCUGUACAUGCCCAGCAUGGGCUACUGCAUCCUGCUGGUGCACGGGCUGAGCAGGCUGAGCGCGGGGCUGCCGCGGGCCGGGGCUGCCCUCGCCGUGUCCACCCUGCUGCUGCUGCUGCUCUUCUCCUGGAAGACCGUGAAGCAGAACGAGGUCUGGCUGUCCCGGGAGGCCCUCUUCAGGUCCGGAGUCCAGACUCUGCCCCACAACGCCAAGGUCCACUACAAUUACGCCAACUUCCUGAAGGACCAGGGCCGGGAGCGGGAGGCCGUCCACCACUACCAGACUGCCCUCAGGCUGUACCCGCGCCACGCCAGUGCCCUGAACAACCUUGGCACCCUGACCAAAGACACCGCGGAGGCCAAGUCCUACUACCAGCGGGCCCUGAGGCUGAACCCGCAGCACCACCGCGCGCUCUUCAACCUGGGCAACCUCCUCAGGUCCCAGAACCGCGGCGAGGAGGCCGUGGCCUUGCUGAGGGAAUCCAUCAAGUACGGCCCCGAGUUCGCAGACGCCUACUCCAGCCUGGCCUCCCUGCUGGCCGACCAGGACAGGCUGAAGGAGGCCGAGGAGGUGUACCAGGCCGGCAUCAGCAGCUGCCCCGACAGCUCGGACCUGCACAACAACUACGGGGUCUUCCUGGUGGACACAGGCGCGCCCGAGAAGGCCGUGGCCCACUACCAGCAGGCCAUCGAGCUGAGCCCAGGCCACCACGUGGCCAUGGUCAACCUGGGCCGGCUGCACCGGUCACUGGGGGACAACGACGCCGCUGAGGAGUGGUACAAGCGUGCCCUGCAGGUGACCCGCCGGGCCGAGAUCCUGUCGCCCCUGGGCGCGCUGUACUACAACACGGGCCGGCACGAGGAGGCGCUGCGGGUGUACCGGGAGGCCGUGGGCCUGGAGCCCACCCAGCGGGAGCCCCGCCUGGCACUGGCGCAGGUGCUGGCGGCCACGGGCCAGGCGGCCGAGGCGGAGGAGCUGACCCGGCAGCUGGAGGCGGAGCAGCCGGGCUGCGUGGAGUGUCUCCGCCUGCUCUCGGCCAUCUAUGGCCGGCAGGAGCGCCACGACAAGGCCCUGGACGCCAUCGACAGGGCUCUGCAGCUGCGGCCCCAGGACCCCAAGGUCACGUCGGAGCUGUUCUUCACCAGGGGCAACCAGCUGCGGGAGCAGAACCUGCUGGACAAGGCCUUUGAGAGCUACAAGGCGGCCGUGGAGCUGAACCCGGACCAGGCCCAGGCCUGGAUGAACAUGGGUGGGAUCCAGCAUAUCCAGGGCGACUACGUGGCCGCCCGGGCCUUCUACGGCCGCGCCCUGCGGCUGGUGCCGCACAGCCGGCUGCUUCGAGAGAACCUGGCCAAGCUGGACCGGCUGGAGCAGCGACGGCAGGAGGUCAGGGAGGAGGAGGACACGUAGCCACCGCCUGCCCCCAGCGGCUGGCCGGACCGCGUCUCCCCUGAGAAGCCAAAGAAGAACGGCCGGGCGGCCGCGGGCAGAGGAGACGCCUCUCGGGCCGGUCCUCCUGUUCCCGACCAGCCCCGGACGUCCAUCCCCAGGAACACG